AUGCAUGCAGGGGGCCCUGGUAUUUUCUUUGGCGCAGAGCAGACGGAUGAACGAACUUGUGCUGCUGCUGCUGCAGCAACAGCAGCAGCGGCCACCAUGAGUGGCCGCGGGGGUCGCGGCGGUUUUCGCGGCGGUUUUCGCGGUGGCCGUGGCGGCGGCAUGAGAGGAGGCAGAGGAGGAGGUGGAGCUGAGGCAGGAGAGGUAAUGCAUGCAGCAGAGAAUGAAUUAGUGGUUAAGGGUUUGCUGCAGCAACAAGUCCCUUAUUUUAAUGGAAGAAUUUUCCUGUCUAAUAAAGAAGAAGUUGGCAGAGUUGAUGAAAUCUUGGGCCCUAUUAAUGAAAUGUAUUUUUCGGUUAAGUUGAAUGAAGGCAUAAAGGCUUCAUCGAUCAAACCCUCAACCAAAGAGGGGGAAACGCUUCUCGUGGUGGCCGAGGAGGGUUUAGAGGGGGCCCCCCUAGAGGAGGAAGAGGAGGCCCAAGAGGAGGAGGGUUUAGAGGUGCACCCAGAGGAGGAGGAGGUGGAUUCAGGGGGGGAAGAGGAAGAGGACGUUAAGAAUCUAGAGCAGCAGCUGCUGCUGCUGCCGCAGCAGGAGCAGCAGCAGCAGCUGCUGCAGCUUGAGAAGAUCUUGCAGCAGGAGGUGCAGAAGCCCCGUCUGCCGCUUCCCUUUGCAUGCAAGGAGCAGCAGCAGCAGCAGCAGCAGAAGCAGCAGCAGUUGCUGCAAAUGCUGCAGCUGCAACCGAUGUUAGUGGGGGCCUCUUAG